AUGCACUGUACUGUCUUCUGUAUGUAUGUCCGAGGUAUUCUUGGCAUCUCUAUAUAUGAACGAAUCAAAUGAUUAUUGAACAGCAUAACUACUUUUAAGACACUGGUGAGUAAGCAUCAGAAUAAAACGACUCUUAACCAGAUUUAUAGAUAUUUCAAACUCAGACAUAAUGGCCAUUAACACAGAUAGCACUCCCCGUUCAGGAUGGGCUGUAGAAUCGUCCAUCGUAGCGAAACGCACGUUUAACCCCAUCCGUACAGUGGUGGAUCAGAUGAAGAUCGUGCCCCACCCAGAUAAGGCUAUGAUCGCACUUUCCAUUGGCGACCCCACUGUGUUUGGCAAUCUGAGUGCACCCGAGUCUGCGGUCGAGGCCACCAUCGCGAACGUACACACCGGAAAGUUCAACGGCUAUUGCCAUUCUGCUGGCGACGUGAAGUCUAGGACAGCUAUUGCCGAGUACUACACCUGUGAGAACGCGCCAAUUACCGUUGACGAUGUAAUUAUUACGAGCGGAUGUUCUGGUGCCCUUGACCUGGCCAUUGGGGUGCUAGGCAAUGAAGGAGAUAACAUCCUUGUACCACUACCUGGAUUCUCGCUAUACCAGACGCUGGCUGAGUCCAAGGGUAUGACUGUCCAGCACUACCCACUACUAGCCGAUAGCAACUGGGAGGUUGAUUUAGAAGCCCUCGCCGGGAUGAUCGACAAUCGCACCAUGGCUAUUGUGGUGAACAAUCCGUCAAAUCCAUGCGGCUCGGUCUAUUCCAAGGAUCACCUGAAGGCUAUCCUAGCGGUGGCGGAGAAGAACUUCGUACCUAUUAUCGCCGAUGAGAUAUACGCAGACAUGGCGUUUGAGAAGGACUCGUUCUUCCCACUCGCGUCACUGGAGAGUUCGGUACCUAUUCUGGCAGUAGGAGGUCUGGCGAAGCGCUGGUUGGUCCCGGGUUGGAGGGUUGGAUGGAUUCUGAUCAACGAUCGCAAUAAUGUGUUCGGGAAAGAGGUGAGAGCAGGUCUCAACAGUCUCACACAAUUGAUCCUGGGUGCAAACACUAUGGCGCAAUCGCUGAUACCGGCGAUGCUCAACGACACAAAACAGGACUUCUACACAGACACCCUCAGCACACUCCAAAAGCACGCACAGCUCAGUUACGAGAUGAUUAGUAAGAUACCCGGACUCACUCCAGUCAUGCCCCAGGGAGCGAUGUACAUGAUGGUGGGCAUUGAUGUGGAGGCGUUCACGGAUCUGAAGACGGAUAUGGAGAUGUGCCAGGCACUUAUCACAGAGGAGAGUGUGUUUGUACUGCCCGGAAGUUGCUUUCAGAAGCCGAACUUCUUCCGCAUUGUAUUCACAGCGCCCAUUGAGAAGCUGCGGGAGGCCUACGAACGACUAGCCGAGUUCUGUGAGAAGCAUCGUAAAUAAGCGGUUUGACGCAGAAAUCAACCUGAAUGCUGACUCGAAAGACAUGGGAGUCAGGCCUCAGACAACUGAUAGUUCUAGUACCAUGCCAGUGCGAGCAUAGGAAUAAAGAACGUGACGUGAGUGUCUUUAUUGUAUCAUUUCUUGUCUGUGAUACAUCUGAAGUCAGUCAAGUGAUGGACCCGAGGGCCGACUCAAAGUCAAGGGGGCCAGGCCUCAGAUAACGAUAAUUUCAGUACCAUGCCAGUGCGAGCAUAGGAAUAAAGAACGCAACCUCAGCAUCUUUCGGUGUAUUUCAGCAGUGUCGUUUUAUCGUGUGUGAGAUACGUCUGAAGAAGUUGUGUAGUAUGUGCUCAGUCCGCUGAGCUGAGUUGAGCUAUGUAGAUAACCUUCUAUUCU